AUGGAAGAGGUUCCUAUCAAUAAAUUUGCAUUAUCUUUCGAAAACAAUCGCUUAACUUACUGCGGACAAGAUUGCACAAAAAUCCCGUCCGUACUAUGGAAAAUGUACGGUCCUAAAGUGCAUUACAUGGAUCUAAGUUACAACAGUAUGGAGACGCUCAAAGGCUUGGAGAAUUUCACGAGGCUACAAGAACUGAUCUUGGACAAUAAUAAGUUAGAUGACAACAUUCGUUUUCCAUUCCUACCUCAUUUAAGGACACUUUCAUUGAAUAACAACAAGUUAACAGAUUUAGAGGGAUUGAUCGAAAAAGUGAGUGAACAGCUGCCUGCGCUUACUUAUCUCAGCUUACUCAGCAAUAAAGCGUGUCCAAACCAACUUUCCGACUGCGAUAAAGAUGACUCCGACUACCAGAGAUAUAGAUAUUUUGUUAUUUACAAACUUCGUAACCUGCGUUUCCUCGACUCUCGACGAGUGUCCGCGUCUGAACACGCGGAAGCACUCACACGUGGUGAAUUCACGAGAGUUCGGCGCCCGCCCAUGACCGACGUGCCGCCAUACACACCGCCUACAAACGGACCGCUCGCUCGACCACUACCCGUAGACUUCUCGUCGCUAGGCAAACAUAAAGGUGCCUUCGGGAAAUGUCGAUACAAAUACACUGGCAAACACUCUGAAGGCAACAGAUUCAUUGUUAACAGUGAUUUGUGA